AUGGAGUCGCUGCGAAGUGACUGCUGGUGGGAAGAGCUUGUGGGGUUUGGCGUCUGCUUCCAUUUCAACAAGACCAUCGCGAAGCAGAUUGUGAGGUUGUACGCAAAGCUCCUUACAGACCUGCAUGCAAUGAAAUUCGCCAUCGAGGCGGAGACUUGCCACUGGACGCAUGUCGUGCUGCUCAAGAAGUUACAGACGCGAUUCAAUGUACUACAGGUGGAAGCAAAUGAUUGUGCUUGA